AUGUCGAACAACAACAAACUCAUCGUUGUCCUGGGCAGCGGACCCGGCAUAGGAUCUUCCACAGGAGCACUUUUCGCGUCCAAAGGUUUCAACGUCGCACUACUCUCGCGGAAUGUUGAGCGCCUGGAUCAAGAUGUUGCUAGAGUGCAAGCGGCAAACCCUCGUGUCAAGGUCCAGGCGUACCCCGUCGACGUGGGGGACCACAACGCACUGGCAUUGGCGUUGGGGAAAGUCGUCACGGAUCUCGGGCUCCCGGAAGUGGUGUAUUUCAACGCAGCAAGAGUAGCGCCAUCAAGGAUCGGCGGCACCAGUCCGGAUUUCUUGUUGGAGGAUUUCAAGAGCAUGAACCUUGGUCUUUUCGUAGCAGCAUCGUGGGCGUUGCCACAUCUGACUGCCGCGGCCGAGCAACCAGGCACCCACCCAUCGUUCCUGUUCACCAACAGCGGUCUGUGGGACCGUCCGCUGGCAGACUUCACUUCGCUCUCGAUGCAGAAGGCAGCACAGUACAAUCUCAUGCUGAGCCUGAAGCAGACGGUGGAGGCCAAGGGUGUCCACGUCGGAGGUGUCAACAUCGGCGGGCUGGUCCGGGAGGAAGAUCCCGUCACCAACGCAAACAACGUCGCGCGAGCCCUGUUCGACAUGUCCCAGCAGGACAGGCCCAACUGGCAGUGGGAAGUCAAGGUGGGCGACUGGGCUGAGUUCCUGAAGCAGAUGGCGGCUGCUCAAGAGGCUGCAUGA